AUGACUGUUUACGGAACGAAGCCAAGCGUGAACUCUCGUGAUGCUGGUGUAUACGACGUGUUAGUAGUGUGGCUUGGUCGUCGUUGGAGAAGUAGAGGGUUUGGUAUUCAGACGCCGCACGUUCACACGUCAUUUGCCGAGCCAAUGGGCGCAUUAUCUCCUUUACAUACAAGGCGUGGACCUCUGAAUGAUUUGGUGACGCCAACGCCUGAUUUUGCCGAAUUUGAUUAUUUGCAUGGUUGUCCAAAGCUGCUAACUGUGACAAGUGAUGAAGACUGCCAGAAUGUUGCUGUUGCUUUCUCUGACUUGGUCUUUUCUUAUAUUUAUAAAGCUAAUUGCUAUAGACAGUUUCAGGAUAAAUUACAAAUAGAGCUGGAGCAAAUACUGGUGCAUACGACGGAUCACCAAAAGAAAAUUUAUGGAGAGAUUACCUUCCUCACUACCGGCGAUUACCCUUCUGAUGAUAUCUCCAGCAGGCUGAUGCCAGUAUAUGAACUCAAAAUUUCGGAACCUGUACCUAGCUGCAGUAAAGAAAUUGAGAGAGAACCAAUUGUGGAAGAUCCAUGCACUGAUGAUGAAAUAAAUUGGCUUGAUGAAGGUUUUGACGUUUGGCCACCAAUCAACUUGUCCCAAAAAUUCUGGGUUUUCGCUCGUGAAUAUCUCGACCCUGUAGAUGAAGAAUACUUGCAGCAGUGGUGGUCAAGUAUUGUUCAACUUUUUAGUAAUGAUGGUAUCUCAAAGUCGCGGUCCGAGUUGUGUGAAGUGACAGCGAAAAAAAGUGCUCGUUGCGAAACCAUACUGCACGAUCGUAAAAUCAGCUCUCUGCCGUCUUUUUCGAAAUGGGAAUGGGGUACCCUGACAUCGCUUCACCGAAACAGGUCUUUCAUAUCCAGUAAGAAUAGCUCCUCACCCGUCAGGUUGAAGCUGCUCAACAACGAUUCAUCUCCACCGCCCAGUAAAAUAGCAAGAUAUGAUAAAAGACCGCUGUCACAGUCAUCAGGGAAAACUAUAUCAUUGCUCGAUGAUCUCAUCAGCGCGUAUGUCGGUGGAAAAAAUGAAAAAGAUCCGGUCUCAUUGGUUCAUCUUGAGGGUAAUGAUUGGAUAAUAAAAAAUGAAGGGACUGGAAGGGAGGAUGUAUUUCGAGUCGCUCAUCCAAAUGGUCUCGCAUCUGAAGAGAAUGGUGCUGCCACUUGUGGGGAUGCAUUGGAAAUGUUAAAUUAUGCUAUAGCUGAUUACCUCAGUAGAUUUGAUAAAAAGUUUGAUGCAAAUAAAUGCAAUGAAGUAAUCCAAGAAAUCGUUGGACCGGAAGAUGUGGAAGAGUUAGUUAGGAAAUGUGGAUCCGGUAAAAAACAUAAUAGUGAGGAUGAAGUGUCUGCAGCCUUCAAAAAAUUACAAGCAGAGCUUACUGAGAAAGAGAUACCGUGGCGUAGUAUGGUUGCUAAAAUUUGGCAUCGCUUGCUGGCGGAAUAUUUGCGAAUGAAAUUGGAGCAGGCACUUGACAAAGCAGAUCAGGAAAUGUUUGAAGUAUAUGAUAAAUAUUAUUCGGAAUUUCCAAGACGGCGACCGAUGAACGAGCAGGAAAGAGAAGAGUGCCGUUGUGUUUUGCAACGAAGGAAUGAUGUAGCCCAGGCGUUCUACGGCAAAGAGUAUGCUGUUUUAAGCAAGUGGAAACGUAAGCGUUAG